AUGGGUGACUGGAGUUUCUUGGGGAACAUUUUAGAGCAGGUGAACGAGCAGUCCACUGUCAUCGGGAGAGUUUGGCUCACAGUGCUCUUCAUUUUCCGCAUCCUGAUCCUGGGAACAGCUGCUGAACUAGUCUGGGGAGAUGAACAGUCAGACUUUGUGUGCAACACCCAGCAACCUGGUUGUGAGAACGUCUGCUAUGAUGAGGCCUUCCCCAUCUCCCACAUCCGGCUCUGGGUCCUACAGAUCAUUUUUGUAUCCACGCCUUCACUAGUGUACUUUGGGCAUGCGGUGCACCACGUCCGCAUGGAGGAGAAGAGAAAAGAGAGGGAGGAAGCUGAGAGGCGUCAGCAAGCCGAGGUGGAUGAAGAGAAGCUGCCCCUAGCUCCAAAUCAAAACAAGGGCAACAACCCAGAUGGGACCAAGAAGUUUCGCCUGGAGGGGACUCUCCUGAGAACAUACAUCUUCCACAUCAUUUUCAAAACUCUCUUUGAAGUGGGAUUCAUAGUUGGCCAGUAUUUCCUGUACGGCUUCCGCAUUCUCCCCCUUUACCGCUGUGGGCGGUGGCCCUGUCCCAAUCUAGUGGACUGUUUUGUCUCCAGGCCUACAGAGAAGACUAUCUUUAUUAUGUUCAUGCUCGUGGUGGCUUCUGUGUCCCUCUUCCUCAACCUGGUGGAGAUCAGUCACUUGAUCCUGAAAAGGAUCCGGAGGGCUCUGAGAAGACCAGCAGAAGAGCAAAUGAGGGAGGUGCCAGAGAAGCCCCUGCAUGCUAUUGCAGUGUCCUCCAUCCCGAAGGCCAAAGGCUACAAGCUGCUAGAAGAAGAAAAGCCAGUGUCCCACUAUUUCCCUCUCACGGAAGUAGGGGUUGAGCCCAGUCCCCUUCCAUCGGCCUUCAAUGAGUUUGAGGAGAAGAUCGGAAUGGGGCCAUUGGAAGAUCUCUCCAGGGCAUUCGACGAGAGGUUGCCAUCGUAUGCACAAGCAAAGGAACCGGAAGAGGAGAAGGUAAGAGCAGAGGAGGAAGAGGAACAAGAGGAGCAGCCAGCACCUCAGGAAGAACCAGGGGUGAAGAAAGCAGAGGAGGAGGUGGUGAGCGAUGAAGUGGAAGGGCCUUCAGCACCUGCUGAACUUGCCUCUGAUGUGAGAUCCCUCAGCAGGCUAAGCAAAGCCAGCAGCCGGGCCAGGUCAGACGAUUUGACUGUAUGA